GAAAUCAUCAUCAUCAUUGAAAUUAUUUUAAAUCGUCAUUUAGCGAUUUAUUUUUUCCGGACGAAACAAACAAAAAUAAAGAAUAGAAACGAAAAUGUCAUCAUCAAGAAGCGAUGUUGAACCAAUUUUGAAUAUCAAUGAUGGUGAUAUGAUUCAAGAAUCAUUAUCUGAACCAACACCACCUACGAUCAUAUGUGAAUCAUCGACCAAUAAUGAUAAUGAUAAUGGUGAAAAUGAUAGGUAUCAUUUGGUUCGAAUAUUAUUCUUUUUGAUUGGUUUAACACAAUUAUUACCAAUGAAUUUUCUAAUCACAGCUGAUGAUUUAUGGAAAUAUAAAUUUCGAAAUGUAAACUCAACAAAUAUUUACAAUUACAAUGAUGAUUCGGAUAAAACAAAACUUCAAACAUUUUUCGAUAGUUAUCUAAUUAUUGCUUGUAAUUCACCAUUUUUAUUGGUUUAUUUGGUUAGUAUGACACCGUAUUUUCAAAGAAUUACAAAUGAUUUGAAAAUCUUUCUGUCAUUUUCAUUUACCAUCAUAACAUUUAUGAUCAUUACUAGUUUGGUUAAAAUCGAUACGGAUGAAUAUCAAAAUGCAUUUUUAAUAAUAUUAUUAAUAUUGGUAUUCAUUGUAAAUGCAGCGGCUAUUUUCAUACAGGCCAUAUUUACCGGCUUGGCUGCUCUAUUUCCAUUGAAAUAUAUUCAAUCAAUGGUAGCCGGUCAGGCAAUGUCCGGUUUAUUUGCAGCAUUAACGAAAAUAUUCUCAUUGCUAGGACAUCGUACAUUAAUCAAUAAUGUUUUUAUAUUUUUCCUACUAGCUAAUCUUGUUUUGAUUGUAACAUUUGCAUUAUUUUUAUAUGUUCGAAACAAAUCAUUUUAUUCAUCAUAUGCAUAUUCAUCGAAUAGUUUGGAUAGUAAUAUUCCAAUGAAUCUUUCAUUAUUUGGAAAAAUUUUUCAACAAAUAUGGCCAUUUUGUCUAACACUUACCAUUGUUUUUUGGGUUACAUUAUCCAUUUAUCCUGGUCUUUUUGUACUGAUAACACCUGUUGAUCAUAAAAAUCAAAUAUUACCGGAAAAAUUUAUUCUACCAAUAACAUGUUUUCUUGUAUUUAAUUUAGGUGAUUUUUUUGGUAGAUUUUUUGGAAAAUAUAUUUUAUUAUCAAAAACUCAUUCAAAAACAAUAUUAAUAUUAUCAUUUGGUCGUAUAUUGUUUAUACCAUUAUUUCUUUAUUGUAAUGCACAACCUCGACAUCAUUCAGUACUAUUUCCAUAUGAAAUGAUAUUUGUUUUAUUUAAUUUUAUCUUUGCAUUAAUGAAUGGUUAUUUAGUAUUGAAUGUAUUUGUUAAUGGACCACAAUUAAUACCGGAUGAAUAUCGUCAUAUGUCUGGUUAUUUUUUAAUUGCAUUUUUAGGUGCUGGACUUACAUUAGGUUCAUUAACAUCACCAUUAAUUUUAGAUCUUUUAUAACCGAAAAAAAUUUUAUAAACUUUUUUUGUUUUGUUAAUUAAUUAAU